AUGUCCCCAUCACCCCAGCCGCACAGGGGUGCUCGUGGAGCAAGGGCUCGUAUCUGUAUACACUGUGGUAGGGAUUUCCGACGAACGGAACAUUUGGAGCGUCACAUUCGCACUCACACCAAGGAGAAACCAUUCAUAUGCUUCUGUGGGGCAGCAUUUACUAGAAGAGAUCUAUUGAAACGUCACACGCGCAUCUCACAUCAGGAUGGCCUAACCUCACCAACUGCGCCCGAACCAACGGCGAAGGCGGAGUUGCAGCCGACUCAUCAUGCCGCCAUCCCGCCGCAAUAUGAUGCACCAGAUACUAGGCCCGUUCCCGUGGGAUCCCUUGCAGGAUCUUCGGCCGUGCACCAAUGGACUGGGGCACAGACUACGCCUUAUUUAGAUCACAACCAUAAUGCAGGCAUACUUCCUGCGGCUACUGCGGCCCCGGGCUCGGUCGUAGAUCCUCAUACGGGUAUGGUGCACGAUGCGGAUAUGCUGCAAGCUGCGCAGCUUCUUCUUCCUGGUGAUUAUCGAGCCACAGCACAACCGAUGCCUUACUUGUCCGAAGACCUAAAUCAUUUCCAGGAAUUCACUCAUUUCUUGGAUUCGAUUGGUUUGCCUGGCGAAUGGCUUCCCAGCGAGGGGGAAACCUCUCAGACCCAAGAGAUGAAUCUGGAAGAUGCCCGGGAAACAGGCCGCCCGACUGAAUACCAUGAGCGAACACGACGGGGCGGAGAUGGCUCUCGUGGAGACUCACCAUUCAGAUCCUGGCUUCCAUCCGUGCCAAAGGGCGACCAAAGCCUAGGGACUCUGUCUGAUUCUGAGCCACCUCAAAAUGCGAAGAGGACAUCACGAUUCAAUGUCAGCGAAGACCAGCGGUUCCGGCUUGCGGCAUCUCUAGAAGAAUUUCGCAACGUGAUUCCCAAUUUUGUACUGCCAUCUCGGCACACAUUGACUCGAUACCUGACUUCCUAUUUUGAAGGAUUUCACCCGCACCUUCCUUUUAUGCACAUUCCUACUUUCCAUAUCAAUGAACACACCCCCGAGGUCGUUCUUGCCAUCAUGACAAUCGGUGCUCAGUACAGAUUCGAGCAUCGUAACGCGGAAAGACUGUUCCAUGUUUCUAAGGCGGUUCUCUUUGAACGCAUGUCCAAAGAGCCCCGAUACCCAACGAAACCCAGCUACAAUCCAGCCUCCCAAGUCCCACUGGGAAUAUCUCCCUACUCCAAUUUUGGCGAUCAAUCUCUCGCGCAACCACCGGCAGCAACGGAAAGAACCGCGAUCUGGAAACAGAUUGAAAUCACUCGCUGUCUCCUUAUCUUGAUGGGUUACGCCACCUGGGAAAAUGCUAGACUUGUACAAGAAGCAUUCCAUCUGCAAGGCUUGUUGGUUCGACAUCUCCGCGAAGCUGGCCUAACGGAAGAUACAACCCGUUCUGAUCCACGCGCACCUCUGGAUUGGUACGAAUGGGCGGACCAAGAGUCUGCGCGACGCACAAGGUUGAUUGCAUUUUGCUUCAUCCACGUUCACAGCAUCGCAUACAAUGCCUAUCCAUCCUUACGCAGCAGUGAGAUACACUUGCGCCUCCCAUGUUCCACCGCCGAAUGGACCGCUGCCACAGCCACAGAAUGGGAAGCGGCCCAACGAGAGAGGGGACCCCAGCAGUUAUUCUUCCAGGACGCAUUGGCCCUUCUGUUGCAGAAGUCUCGAUCAGCUGUGCCAUUAGAUCCGAUCCCAGCUCCAUUGGGUAAUUAUAUUCUUCUGCAUGGACUUCUGCAACGAAUACACCUUGUGAGCGAGCUAUCCCUGCCGAACGGAAACCAAUCGGCCCUUCCAACAGAGGAACUCAAUAAACUAGAACGGGCUCUUCGCUCCUGGACCUCCGUGUGGCAACAAGCCCCCGAAUCCAGCUUAGACCCACACAACGCAAACGGUCCGAUCCCAUUUACCUCUAGUGCAUUCCUCGGUCUAGCAUACGUCCGAUUAUCCCUGAAUCUCGGUCCUCAUCGCCGUCUCGAAACCCGCGAUCCCACAAUCAUAGCCACAGCACUUCGUCGCUCUCCACGCCCUGAACGAAGCUACCGCCUUAUUCCAGCGCUCAUCUACGCGGCUCAUGCCCUCAGCAUCCCCGUCCGUCUGGGUAUCGACCACAUAGCUCGCAGCCAAGCCUUCUUCUGGAGCGUGCGACAUUCGCUUGCCAGUAUUGAGUCUGCCGUCUUACUAAGCAAAUGGCUGUUCACUAUUGCCGAGGCGGGGCCGGAUCAAUCGUUGAGUGAGAACGAAAGUCGGAUUCUACGCUGGACUCGUUGCAUAGUCGAGGAGGCAUACUCGUCUAUUGACAUAGACGAAAGUGAGACGCCGCCAGACCUGGAACCGGCUUCUCUUGGAUUGGCAGUUCUCAAAUUGUGGGCUAGACUGUUCGGCACGAACACUCAAUGGCCAUUUAUUAACGUUCUUGGACAAAGUUUGGAACAGUACAUGACUAUGAUUUGA